AUGAAGUAUUCAUUCACCACAUGUUAUUUUCUGUUUGCGUACAGGAAUCGGGCCCAUGGAGAGAACUUCACAGUGGUGACCCAUUUCAUCCUCCUUGGCAUCCCCCACACCGAAGGCCUCCAGAACAUCCUGUUCAUUAUAUUCUUAAUCUUCUAUAUGUGCACGUUGCUGGGGAACUUGCUGAUCAUGACCGCCAUCUUCACCGACUCCCGUCUCCACACUCCCAUGUACUUCUUCCUCUGCAACCUCUCCAUCCUGGACAUUGGCUUCUCUUCCGUGAGCACCCCCAAGAUGUUGGCUAACCUCUGGGCACAAAGCAGAGUGAUUUCAUUAGGGGGAUGCAUGUCCCAGGUCUUCUUCUACCACUUCCUAGGAAGCACAGAAUGUCUCCUGUACACCGUCAUGGCCUAUGACAGGUAUGUUGCCAUCUGCCACCCACUGCGGUAUCUCAUCAUCAUGAACUGGAAGGUGUGCGCCAUCUUGGCUGCUGGCACGUGGCUCACCAGCUCCUUCCAUGCCACUAUUCUCACCACCUUGACUUUCUCACUACCCUACUGCGGGCCCAAUGAAGUGGACUACUUCUUCUGCGAUAUCUUCCCAGUAGUCAAGUUGGCUUGUGCCAACACGGUCCUUAUUGAGACAGUGAGCUUCACCAACAUCGGCCUGGUGCCCAUGACUUGCUUCCUUCUUAUCCUCACCUCCUAUGUCCGCAUUGUCUAUUCUGUCCUGAGGAUGAGCUCUGGGGAGGGUCGGCGCAAGGCAGCGUCCACCUGUGCCUCACACUUAACUGUAGUAACCCUCUUCUUUGGCCCCUGUGCUCUGAUCUACACUCAGCCAUCACUAAGUGAGAUUCUGGUGACCCCGGUGCAGAUCUUUGGCAAUGUGGUGACACCAAUGCUCAACCCAGUCAUCUACACCCUAUGGAACAAGGAAGUGAAAGCAGCUUUGACUAGACUGACUGGGGAAAAGAGAGUUUCACAGACAAUAACCCAUUAG